AUGUUCACCCCCGUGCAUACGUCGCUUGGAGCCCUGAUGCUCUUCCAGGGCUCCUCCGGCCUCCUCCUUCACAAUGGCGCGGUCUUCGGUAUCUCGUCGCUGCUCUCGGGCUGUGUCUUCAACCCGAAUCGGGACAACGUGCCUAUCAUCGCCGGCUUGAUCUCCAGCGUCGCCCCCAUCUACCUCUUGAUACCAUCGUUGAUUCCGUCCUAUCCAGCCGCACCCAACUCGCUGGUAUCCUUCGCAUCGACGGUAGGAACCGGUUUCUUACUUGGCUGGGGAACAAAGAAUGGUCGCGGUUGCACCUCCGGCCACAUGCUAUGUGGGCUCUCGCGUCUCUCGCCGCGCUCCCUGAUUGCAACAGCCAUCUUCUUCACAACCGCGUUGCUCACGGCCAACUUUGUAUCCGGUGGCCAGAACAUCCCGCCGUGCCCAUCCGGGGUUCCGUGCUAUACGCCGACAUAUCCCUCCUCCGCAGAGUUCAUGGUGAUGGCUGCGACGACGGCCUUGACCUUCCUCACCAACUAUGUGAUCGUUCCCCGCACCCUCGACCGAUCGGAAAAGUCGAGAACCAUAUAUUCGUAUCUAGCGGGCCUGCAGUUUGGACUGGGUCUCUUCUUCUCCGGGAUGGCCGAUCCGGCCAAAGUGCUUCGAUUCUUUGCGAUCCUGAUAGAUCCCUCUCGGUGGGACCCUUCGUUGGCUCUCAUUAUCCUCUUCGGAAUCGGUCCUUCGCUCUUGACAUAUCUGUCAAAGAAACCAGGACAGAAGACAGCCGACCAAUCCGAGAAGCCGGAGAAGCCUACCCUAUCGGAGAACUGGAGACUCCCGACUGCGACUGUAGCGGACAUUGAUUGGCGGUUUGUUACUGGGGCAGUAGCAUUCGGAGUCGCGUGGGGAUUGCGAGGCGUUUGCCCGGGACCAGCUGUGCUUCGAGCUGUUUUGCAGCCUGUUUGGGGUGUCGCGGAAAUGGCCGGGUAUAUGCUGGGAAACCUGGUGUAG